AUGGCCCCUUCUACCCGAGCGUCGAAAAGAUUUUCGACCGUAAGCGGAAACCCUUCGAUUGCUUCGUCAGGCACCAUUGGAAGCCUACCAAGUGGCGAUCCUCGUUUGGCCGAAUUCCAUCACUUGCGCGACGGGUUGGAGCGCCUAGAGAACAAACCUCUUCAGAAGCAACGCUUCGUCCCUACUCCCGAAAAGAGCGAUAACUUGAGCAAGCUGGCUCUGAGUGCGAAGGUGGAACGAGCUCUUGACCGGAGAAUGACUGGUCAGGAUGCUGUCAUGCGCAAGCCAGUUUUGAACGAGAAGGCUGCUGCUGAGUCUACAAGCUCGUAG